GGAAUGUUAGAAGGGUGAAUGUGGAGAACUGGAGGUUGGGGAUCUAAUUACUGGGCCAUAAUUGGGGGCUAGGGAAUAGGUUGCCGUCCUCUCAACUCGCUGCAGAUCAAUUAUGUUAAGAGAACAUCUGUAAGUAGAACUUAAUGAGGUCCAUUAGAGCAACAUGCGCUGCCUUCCCUAACGGUGCUUGUCAGCUUCUUGGAUGAGCUGGAGUGUGCUGCUAACUAGGGACCUGGUGAAGGUGCUUAAAUAGGCGAGGAGACGUGCGGGCCGGCUCAGGUCUGUUUUGCUUUGCUGCCAGAGAGGGAACGAGACUGCGAGCGAAGGAACAGCCGUCGUGGGGAGAAGGAGGGGAAUCUUUUUAAAGCGGGAGCGAGGAGGAGUUGCACCGAGGUGGGCUGCAUGUUUUUAACCCGCUCGCCUGGAACUUGACAAGGGAACCGGCUAUAUUUGAGCUACCAUCUCGUCUUAAUCGGCAACUUUUCCUCGGUAUACAAAUGCUCUCCGUCCAGCCGGACACCAAGCCAAAGGGCUGUGCCGGCUGCAACCGGAAAAUCAAGGACCGCUACCUUCUGAAGGCCUUGGACAAGUACUGGCACGAAGACUGCCUCAAGUGUGCCUGCUGCGACUGCCGACUCGGCGAGGUGGGCUCCACGCUGUACACCAAAGCCAACCUCAUCCUCUGUCGGAGGGACUACCUACGGUUGUUCGGUGUGACAGGGAACUGUGCGGCUUGCAGUAAACUCAUCCCAGCAUUCGAGAUGGUCAUGAGAGCCAAGGAGAACGUCUAUCACCUGGACUGCUUUGCCUGCCAGCUGUGUAACCAGAGAUGUGCUGAGCCUUUUAAAACUCAAAGGCUGUCUUGAAUCCAAAGCAUCUUACAGUCCAUUUACUACAAGGACGGUCCCGCUUAACCCCUCUAUCGUGUCUUGCUCAAGGGCAAAAUGGUGAUAGGGAAUCCCAGCAACUCUCCGGUUCAUGAAUCAAACCUUCUAGGGUUUGAAAAAUGACCUUCGGAUUAAAGCCCACCACCCUACCACUGAAAGACGGUUUGGGCAGAUGUUUUCUUAUCCAAAUUACAUCAGUGUGUUUACUACAAGUACAGUCUCCCUGGAGCAAGAAGUACAUUGCUCAAGGGCAAAACAGUGAUAUAGGGGAUAACUCUCCAGCACAUGAAUCGCCCUUCGGGGGUUUGAACCAGCAACCUUUGGAUUGCUGGCACAGUAAUAUUAAAGUAUUGAACCACAAUCAUUUGCAAAUUUUAGUGAUUCUUACCAAUAUCUCUGAACCAC